CGCAACGUGUCUGUGUAUUAGAGGAUAUAUAUCAAUAGGUUUUCUCUAUAUACCAUAGGAAUUAUGGUAGACAACAUAGGCCCUAAAAACUCAUCCUCACACAAAGAUAGAGGGUUCAAAUACUGCUGUAAUGACUACGCUGAGGAGGAAACAUCAGGGCUGAUCAAGGAGCAAGAUCGGCUGCUGCCGAUUGCAAAUGUGGGGCGAAUCAUGAAGCAGAUCCUGCCCCCCAACGCCAAAGUCUCCAAGGAAGCUAAGGAAACCAUGCAAGAAUGUGUGUCGGAGUUCAUCAGCUUUGUGACGGGCGAAGCAUCUGAGAAAUGCCACAAGGAGAAGAGGAAGACCGUGAAUGGAGAUGACAUCUGCUGGGCUUUGGGGAACUUAGGAUUCGACGACUACGCUGAGUCUUUGAAGAGGUAUUUGAUCAGGUAUAGAGAGGCAGAAGGAGAGAGGGCCAAUCAGAACAAGACCGGUGCUGGCCCGGAGGAGAACCAGACGGAGGAGAGACAGCAAAGGGGGCCUAAUUCUCCGCCACCUUUCAGUUUCCAUCUGAGGGAAAAGAGAAGAGCUUAAUUAGGGCUAGCUAUAUAUGCAUAAAGUUAAGAUACAGUAAGUCAAAAAUUAAUAAUAAUAGUAGCUCCGAUUUGCUUUUAUGUAUAAUUUCGUGGAUGAAUCUAUAUAAAUAGGAUUCUGGUGUUUUUCAUACUUGGUUGUAACUUAAUUAGGGUGAGAUAAUCUGAUGUUGUAAUACAAGAACAAAUUAAGUUUGUGGUUUGGAGGUUUGAUCAGUAGUUUGUUUUGUGUUGGUCAAUUAAGUGUGUAAUUAAUAAAUUAAAUUAACUUGUUGCAUUGUUAAGUAAUAUGUGUACGUACUAAAUGUG